AACCUUUGCUACAUGUAUUCUUCAACGUUCCUUUCGUAUUCGAGGACAAUCUGGUCGAAAACUACCUAGGUAUUUUCAUCAAAUUAACCAAUCCACAUAAGCAGGAUGGCCACCCAAACCGAACCCAAAUCUGAGAUAGUUUUAUACGAUCUGGCAUGCGUCAAGGGUAUCUGCUUUUCCCCCGCCGUGUGGCGCAUCCGCCUUAUGCUUAAUUACAAGCGCAUUCCAUACAAAACAAUUUUUCUCGAAUUUCCAGACAUUGAACCUACGUUGAAAGAGCUUGGCGUCAAUCCAGGCAAAACUGUUGACGGAUCACAGUCCAAAUACACCGUGCCCACAAUUCACCAUAUACCAACAAACACAUACAUUAUGGGCUCGAUCGCCAUCGCGCAGUUCCUAGAAUCAACAUACCCAGAGCCACUAGUACCAUUAACAUCGGAACUAGGACGCGAAAUCGAGCUCAAGUCACGUUCUUUGGUCGGCAAAACCUUCAGCAAUUCAAUCACGCCGCGCGAAAUACGUAUCCUAUCUCCUCGCUCGCAGGAGUACUUUCGACGUACGCGCGAGGCCGCAAUGGGUUGUCCGCUCGAGGAUAUGCUCCUAGAUCCAAAAACGGAAGAGCAAAAUUGGCUUGCUAUAGACGCUGAUAUGCGAGCAGUCGGAGAGUCUAUGCGGACUAACAAGGCCGAGGGUCCAUUUGUGUUGGGUGCUCAGCCGACUUUUACUGAUUUCUUCCUUGCUGGGGUUCUUCAGUCUGCUAAGAUGGUUGAUGAGGGUGUUUUUCAGAGGAUUACUAAGUACCCCGGAUUUAGGGAUAUAUACGAGGGGUGCCGCCCUUACAUGGAGAAGAAUGACUGAUGGGAUUGAAGAAAUUUCGAGAAACUCUUCAUACUGAAGAACGGUAUUACCUCAUGAUGGAUGUAUGGCUGAUAGGAAG